AUGGACUUUUGGACAAAUAAUCACACGAAGACAACAUUCUACACAAUAACAGCGCACUAUUUGAAGGACUGGAAGCUGGUGAACAGGAUUUUGUUCACAAUGGAAUUUCCGGAGCAUAGGAAGACGGUGGACAACAUAAAGCGAGAAUUGGUUACAAGAUUUGCAGAAUUGGGAAUUUCACCAAGGAUAAUGAAGAAAAUCACAUUUACGACGGAUCAAGGAAGUAACAUAGUUAAAGCGUUGAAGGACAAUGGAAAUGAGCCAAUCAAUUGCGCAGCGCAUCUUAUCAAUUGCGCGUUGAAACAUGGAUUCAAAGAGGACGAGACCGAAGAACUCACACAAGUAACGUGCCUUCUGGAGCAAACGAAAAAUAUCGUCGCGUACAUGAAGCGGACGGGUUAUGUGUUUCGUUUGCCGUUAACGUUACAUCAAAAAACAGAAGUCAGAUGGAAUUCGAAAAUAAAAAUGGUACGCUCAGUCGUAGAGCAAUUUACAAAUAUUCGCCAAAUAUUAGAAGAAGUAGACCAAGCUGAACGAAUAGAAGAAUAUAAUCUACAACAGGCUGAGGGAUUAAAUGAAUUUUUACAGCCGUUUGAAGAGGCUAUUGUAGUUCUACAGGUAGAAAAAUCUCCGACGCUACAUUUAGUACCGCUCUAG